UUCCCAGAAGGCCACGCAGCGUCCCCGGCGCGGGUAAAGCCCGGGAGCCUCGCCCGCUCCGAAAGGGCGCGGGACUUUCGCCGCACUGCAUUAUGGAAUACAUAGUCUGAGAAAACGUCUUCGGGCCAAAGUACCCACGAAACUCACGUGUUUGCCUUGUGCAUUGGAGGUAGGGGGGUGGGGGGAGGGGGUCAAUAAAGAGUAGCUACCAGAUUUCGUCAUAAAACCGCGACCAGACAGGCGGCGCCAUCUUCGAACUUGGACUUCCGGAAGGACUUUGGUGAGGGUCUCGCAUUUAUUACCGAACCAACCUACUGGUGUGGAGGUGUAGUCACAGAGAAAAUCAUUUCCAUGAUAAGACAAGUCUACGGCCAGGGGCAGCCAUUUUAGGGGGUGCUGAUGGAUACCUGCGGGGUCGGCUGUGUUGCCCUGGGGGAGGCCGGCCCCGUGGGGAACAUGACUGUGGUAGUGUCUCCUGGACAAGAGGUGCUAAAUCAGCUUGAUGUCAAGGCCUCUUCAGAAACAACUAGUGCUGAGGCUUCCAUAGAGAUGUCUUUACCUACACCUUUGCCUGGAUUUGAGGAUUCUCUUGAUGAGAGGAGGCUCCCUGCAGAACAAGAAAGCCUCUCCAGACUUGAACAGCAAGAUCUUUCUUCAGAGAUGUCAAAGGUCUCAAAGCCUAGGGCCUCAAAGCCUGGCCGGAAGAGAGGUGGUAGCACACGGAAAGGCCCCAAAAGGCCCCAACAACCUAAUCCUCCAUCAGCCCCUCUGGUUCCUGGUCUCUUAGAUCAAUCCAACCCUCUGUCCGCCCCCAUGCCUAAGAAACGAGGUCGAAGGUCCAAGGCAGAGCUGCUACUGCUGAAGUUGUCCAAAGACCUAGAUCAGCCAGAGUCUCCACCUCCAAAGAGGCCCCCUGAGGACUUUGAGACCCCUCCUGGGGAACGACCCCGCCGAAGGGCUGCCCAAGUGGCACUUCUGUACCUUCAGGAACUGGCUGAAGAGCUCUCAACGGCCCUGCCCGCUCCAGUGUCCUGUCCUGAGAGCCCCAAGGUGAGCAGCCCUGCCAAACCGAAGAAAAACCGGCAGCAGGCAGCCUGUCAAGGUGGAGAAGAAGAAGAUGACACUGCACGGGAUGAAGACUUCGUUCUCCAGGUUGAGGCUGAAGAUGGAGAUGAAAGCGAGGGCCCAAGUGAGAGCUCCUCUGACCCUGAGCCUGUGGUGCCUCAAAGCACCCCACGAGGAUCCACUUCAGGGAAGCAGAAGCCACACUGCCGGGGAAUGGCUCCCAAUGGCUUACCAAAUCACAUCAUGGCUCCUGUUUGGAAGUGCCUCCAUCUCACCAAGGACCUCCGAGAGCAGAAGCAUUCAUACUGGGAGUUUGCAGAAUGGAUUCCGUUGGCCUGGAAGUGGCACUUGUUAUCUGAACUUGAGGCGGCUCCCUACCUGCCCCAGGAAGAGAAGUCUCCACUGUUUUCUGUCCAGCGUGAAGGACUUCCUGAGGACGGCACGCUCUACCGAAUAAACAGAUUUAGCUCGAUCACAGCACACCCAGAGCGCUGGGAUGUGUCCUUCUUCACGGGGGGGCCCCUCUGGGCUCUGGACUGGUGUCCGGUACCAGAGGGGGCGGCAGCUUCGCAGUAUGUGGCCCUUUUCUCCAGCCCUGACAUGAAUGAGACACACCCACUGAGCCAGCUUCAUUCGGGUCCUGGGCUGCUCCAAGUCUGGGGCCUUGGGACCUUGCAACAGGAAAGCUGUCCUGGCAACAGGGCUCACUUUGUCUAUGGGAUUGCUUGUGACCACGGCUGCAUCUGGGACCUCAAGUUCUGCCCCAGUGGAGCAUGGGAACUUCCAGGCACCCCUCGGAAGGCUCCUCUCCUGCCCAGGUUGGGCCUCUUGGCUCUUGCCUGCUCCGACGGGAAGGUGCUGCUGUUCAGUCUGCCCCAUCCGGAGGCCCUGCUGGCUCAGCAGUCCCCAGAUGCAAUGAAGCCCGCCAUCUAUAAGGUACAAUGUGUGGCAACCCUUCAGGUAGGGUCUAUGCAAGCUUCGGACCCCUCUGAGUGCGGUCAGUGCCUUAGCCUGGCCUGGAUGCCCACCCGGCCCCAUCAUCACCUGGCUGCUGGCUACUAUAAUGGU